CAUCCUCAAUGGGCCUACUAGAUGAAGGUGUGGCUUUUUCUCAGCUUAAAUAUUGCCUCAAAAUGCCCUAAUGGCUGCAUCCUUUCACAGUGCUGACCUUUAAUUUAUACUUACAUGUAUGAGGUGUUGGACAAAGUAUCCUAAACCAAGACAUAAUGUCAUUUCUUAGUGGUUGCAGCCUUCAUAUAGAUUCUCUUGUAAAUAACAAGCCAGAAAUCCUUUGAAAUACAUAGAGGAAUUCAACAUAUGGCAUCUGAUAUGAAACAAACUUUCCAUGUUCUGAGUCUUGAUUCCGAAAUGAUGAUGAGCCACGUGGUGGCGCUGCAGGCUAAGAAGAUGCAAAAAAGAUCAGCAGAUACGGCAGUUCUCAGAAAGAGAGUCCUGAAUCAGUCAAGAAGGGGAAGAGAAGCUUUCUUAGCUAGAACCAGAGGAAGGGUCUGAAGCCCUCAUAUUUCUGAGACACCAGUUAGACGGACAAAAUUUGUAGGCUCUGGUUACCGUUUGCAAUCGAGCUGGGCUACACAGGCCGAGAAGAGGGGGUGAAAGGAAGAAUGGAACGAGAAGGAGCAAUGAUUCCGCAACAAAGGCAAGUUCUCUUUCUCCUUGUUCUGCUGGGUGUGUCUGGGGCGGCCUCAGAGCCGCAGCAGUUUUCAGUAGUGGAGGAGAUGGAGAGAGGCUCCUUUGUGGCCAAUGUGGCAAAGGCCUUGGGCCUGGAGGUGGGGGAGCUGUCAAACCGGGGGGCCAGAGUCGUUUUCAAAGGGAACAAAGAUUAUUUACAGCUGAACCAUAGAACUGGGGAUCUGCUCCUGAGAGAGAAACUGGAUCGGGAGGAGCUGUGCGGCCCCGCCGAACCCUGUGUGCUGCCUUUUCAGAUCUUACUGGAAAAGCCCUUUCAGAUUGUUCGGGCUGAAUUACGGGUACAUGACAUUAAUGAUCAUUCACCAGUGUUCACAGAAAGGGAGAUGCUUCUAAAAAUCCCCGAGAGCACCUCCCCUGGAACGAUGUUUCUGCUAGAAAACGCUAGAGAUUUAGAUGUAGGAAAUAACAGUCUCCAGAACUAUGCAAUCAGUCCCAACUCCUUUUUUGAUAUUCAAAUUCGAGACAGCAGUGAGGGCAAGAGAUACCCCGAGCUCGUAUUGGAUGAACCAUUGGAUCGGGAGGAGCAGUCUGAGGUCACUUUAACUCUCACUGCAGUGGAUGGGGGAGUCCCACCAAGGUCUGGAACUGCCCAAGUCCGAGUUGUUGUAAUGGAUAUCAAUGACAACGCUCCAGUGUUCACUCAGUCCCAGUAUGAGGUUCAGAUACCGGAGAACAUUUCCAUUGGAUCCAAGGUUGUCAUAGUCUCGGCCACAGAUUUAGACGCAGGGAAUUACGGAGAAAUAUCUUACACAUUUUUAUAUCCCUCUGAGAACAUUCGUAAAACGUUUCACCUUAAAGAGAAAUUGGGAGAACUUUACUUAAGGGGAAAAGUGGAUUUUGAGUCAACUCAAUCUUACAUUAUAAAUAUUCAGGCCACAGAUGGUGGAGGUCUUUCAGCAGAAUGUACCGUUGUCGUCCAGUUGAUAGAUCUGAAUGACAAUCCUCCAGAACUGACUAUAUCUUCACUUACCAGUCCCAUCCCAGAGAAUUCUCCUGAGACUGUGGUGGCUGUUUUCAGGGUUUCAGAUCUAGACUCUGGGGAAAAUGGAAAGAUGGUUUGCUCCAUCCAAGAU